UCGAUGUCUUUGUUAUUCAAAGUACACGAAAGUGGAUAGCUGCUGUUAUUAGUUAAUUACACAAUAAGUAAACAAAGACACAUUUGAUCUUUCUUCUUUGUGUGAAACUGAACUUUCCCUUUUCUCUACAGAAACUAUCUAGAAGAUGCUUUCUAUAUAUCCUUGGACCACAAUAAUGGAUAUGAACAAUUUUCCAUUACUCAAGUUAAAUAUAUUAAUUGAUAUAUAUAUCUUCAACUUAAUUCAAAAACAAGAAGGCUCUAUAGUUGAGUUGUCAAUAUAGACGAAAAGCAUAGAAGGAACUGUUGUGCCAGCUGAAGAAGAAAACCAGAGAUAAUUUUUCCCCCCUCAGAUCUCCUCUUUUAUCUGGACUUGAAAUAGGCAAUAUGAGCAACGCUCAUGUGUGCACGCUUCAUUAGAGAGAGAGGGGGAAGUGUUAAUUAAUGACUAGUGAACUAAAAACUUUAUAUAAUGUGAUUAAAAAAAAAAAAAAAAAAAAAAAACUAGAACAUCACAUUUCGGAUUUAAACUUAUAACCUAAAACAAUUUUUGAAUCUCCUUUACCACUUGAUUUGCCAGACUGUCUUUUUAUUAAGAGGAUUCAACAAAAAAAUAAUUUUAUUCUCAGUAGCCGGUCCUCUAUUUGGGUUGGACGUGAAUUGGGGUGAAAUUUCGUCGACAAUGGGGUUAGGUGUAAAAGAUAUAUAUGGAGUGGAUGCAAAGGAGAAAAGUGACAAUAUUCCUAUUACUCGUAGCUAUUGUCAUUGCCUUGAACAUCACUACUCUUGAUGGAGGAUUAAUUGUAUCAGAAAGAAAAUUAGUUGAAAUAGAGAAGGUGUCAGGAUCCACGCAACAAUCAGAUGAUACUGUGAGGAUUGAUCCUUUGAAGAAUUUCAAGAAAUACAGAGGAGGAUAUGAUAUUACAGAAAAACACUAUUGGAGCUCAACCGUCUUUACAGGUAUAUAUGGCUAUGCCAUUGCUGUGAUAUGGCUCUUGUGUGGCUUAGGAUAUGGACUAUUCCUUCUUGCUUCAACCUUUUGCUGCAAAAGAAAGAGCAGAAAGCUCAAAAAGAGAUCAACUUGUCAUUAUAAACACUACUAUUUCUGGCUCAUUCUCUCAGCCAUUUUCUUGACAAUUUUAGCAAUAACUGCAACAGGGAUGGUUCUAGGGGGGAAUGCAAAAUUUCGUUCAAAAGCAAAUACAGUAGUGGAUAUAAUCAUUGAUACAGCAGAUGGGGCAUCAGAGACAAUUUACACUACAACUGAAGCCAUGAGAGAGAUGAACAGUGGCUUACAAGAGACUGAUAUAGGUCCACAAGCUUCUAAUUUCCUAAUUCCUACUUCUACAAGGCUUGAUAGACAGGCUGAUGACAUACAUAGGGAAGCCAGAAAAAAUAGACGAUUAAUCGAGAAACUCCUCAAGAUAGUGUACACAGUAACUACAGUGGUUAUUUCUCUGAACUUGGUUGCUGUAAUUGCCCUAUCAGUAUUUGGGAUACUCAAAUUCAGAAGAACCCUUAAAUUGCUCAUUGCAUUAUGCUGGAUCUUUACAACUCUGUGCUGGUUUCUUUUUGGAAUUUAUUACUUCUUAGACAACUUUGCUGGAGAUACAUGCACUGCACUAGAAAGUUUCCAAUCAGAUCCCUACAAUAGCAGUUUGAGCUCAAUUCUUCCCUGUGAUGAAUUGGUCUCAGCUGAAUCAGUCCUUCAUGAUGUCAGUAAAGGGGUAUAUCAAAUAGUCAACGAGGUGAAUCAAAGGUUAUCUACAGAAUAUGGAAAUGUUGCACAAAUCUGUAAUCCUUUCUCCGGUCCACCACAAUAUAACUACGAGCCAGGGAAUUGUUCAUCUACCACAAUUCGGGUUGGAGACCUCCCUCGGAUAUUCAAGAUGUUGACUUGCACUGAUCCAAACUGCAAGGGAGGAGUGAUGAUAUCCCCUAGAGAUUUCAACACUGUGGAGGCAUACACAACCGCCAUCCAGAAAAUCCUCGACGUGUACCCUGGAAUGGAGAACCUAACUCAAUGUGACACGGUAUUUAAUGCAUUCGACGAUAUCAUUGACAAACAUUGCAAACCAUUGAAGAAAAGCGCGCAUUUGGUAUGGGGAGGACUUGUUUUCCUCUCGGUUGUAAUGGUAGUGUUAGUCCUCGUGUGGUCUUUCAAAGCACACCACGAAGAGAAUCGUAACAACUUAGAUAGUUCUGUUAAGCCUCAUUCUGCAGAAGCAGAUAAGCUUGAAUUAGGAACAAGGAAAGAAGUCACAAAUUCUGUUCCAGUCAUGUAAAUAAUAGCUGAUUAGUUAUUAGUUUAAAGUAUUGCAUAAUAGGAAAGACCAUAGACAUCUAGAAGAAUUUCGAGAUAUCAAAUGGUGACCGAUAAAACUCUGGAGAAGAAGCAAGAUUCAACGCUCUCCCAGACAACAGAGUCAUCACGGUCGUGAGGUUAAAGGCCAUCCAACACAAAGCGGCCUUUCAUUCUUUUAUUUUGUCGUUGCACAUCCCCUGCACCUUCAUCUCAGGGGACCAAAAAAAAUUGUAGUAGAGUUAUAGGACCAUAUUUCUUUAGUUCUGUUUAUUGUUUUCCCAAAAAUAAACUGUAUAGAAAAUUCUUGUUUCUUCAAAAAGUUAAAGAAGCCAGCAAUGGGAACGAACCCCUCAGUGGCAUGUAUGAAAUUCAUAAAACAAGAAAAUUCCACAGCUAUAUGCUCGAGAAAUUUCAUGAAGUGUACUCUUUCUUUUCCUUUUUU